ACGUUAUAUACAAAUUCACACAACUCGUAGUCUGCUAAUAAACUAUGUGCUUAAACAAGUCAUUGAGACAGAUCCUGCAAUUCUUUCGUACCAAAAUGAGGACCAAAUGCUCCAAUUUGUCUUAGUCCUGGCAAGUACGAAGAAGUAUGUUCCUUCACCAAGUCAGAACAAGCAGCAAUAAAUUCACAAAAAAUGAGUGUUUCUCCAACUGAUACGAUGGAAAACACUCCUGCUGGAAUAGAUACGGAACAAUUGAAACUAUCCAUGGAAGAUUUAGCUCAAAUUCUAAAUGACAACAGCACACUCCCACUCGGAAUUGCGUCUAUUCGUGUCGUUGGUGCUACGAGAACUCGUCCAAGCUUUCUUGAGAAAGCUGUCUCAUACAAACUUGCACAAAAGGGAAAUAUUAAGAGCAUCCCUCUUGGAGAAAGCUUAGAAACUGCUCAACAGAUUGCAGAACGUUUAAUGGAAUUUGGGAUAUAUGAGGAUGCUAAAUUAUUAAUUGACAGAGCCUCGGGCCCCAUUGCUGGGGAAAACGAUAUCGACAUUACAAUCCUUGUAAAAGAAAAAUCAAGAUUGCUGGCGAAGACUGGCACUGAUAUUGGUAAUGUAGAGGGAAAUGUGUAUGCCAAUAUCUUGGCGAGAAACGCAUUCGGCGGUGCUGAAUUUAUUGAGGGCAAUCUUUCUUAUGGUACUCGAAAUCGUAUGCUUGCUUCUUUAACAUUUGAUACACCCAUUAAUGCUGAUCCAUACACCCACUUUCGUGUAAAUGCUAUAAAUGUUCUUCGUGACAACAAGCUUAUCGCAAGUCAUGAUAUCUUGACAAGAGACGUUAAUGCUUCAAUAACACACAAGGAUGCAUGGAAUGGCUUUCACGAGUUGAAACAGUCCCUCACAUGGCGCCAAGUAACAAACCUUGUCGAUACUGCCUCUCCUUCCAUACGACUGGCUGCUGGUGAUUCCUUAAAACAAGCAUUUUCAUACUCCUACACACUCGACAAACGUGAUAAUCCCGCCUUGCCAACAAAAGGCGGUCUGUUGAAGUACAUGCUAGAACUUGCCGGUAUGGGCCCUAUCAUUGGUGACGCCAAGUUUGUGAAGAAUGAGAUAUGGAGCCAGUUGUCGAUACCCUUAAAUGUUUCUCACAGUUCAUGUGCAACCGUUGGUUUACGAGCCGGUGCAAUUCACGAUCUUGAUAAUGAGACUAUUGGCAUUUGCGAUCGCUUCUACCUUGGUGGUCCUACUAGCCUUCGUGGAUUUACAGAGGGCCGUAUAGGUCCUAAAGAUGGAAAAGAUUGUCUCGGAGGAACAGCAUACUUAGCAGCUUCGGCCAGCUUGACAUCCCCUGUUCCUGGAGUCAAUCCUUCUAAACCAUUUCGGAUGCAAUUCUUUAUAAAUGCUGGUGGGUUACGCAUGUUAGACCAGCGUCAACCAUUACGGACAUUCCGAGACAUUAUUCAAAAACCAUGCGUCACAUCUGGAAUUGGUCUCAUUUAUGCUACGGGCGUCGCUCGUUUUGAGUUGAAUUUCACUCUUCCGUUAAUGACUACAGUUAAGGAUCUUGGCCGAAGGGGUUUUCAACUUGGAGCCGGUCUUGAAUUUCUUUAGACAUUUCAUGUCUCAAAGAACUGAAGUUAAAAAAAAAAACACAUUCUUUAUGAGCUAAGUGCAAUUAGUGUGUAAAACUACUCCAUUAUAUCUCUUAUAAGCAGUCUCAGGCACAUACCUUUCAAUAUUCCCCUCCGUCAAUGACUUUACCAAUGAAUAUUAUAAUGCUUAAAAAAUUUCUCUAUUUUUCGUAUGCUGCCGCUUUAAAC